CAGUUUCUCGGUGUCCUCCGGGGUGGUCUGGGGAAGGGGCUCCCUCAGUCCUCUCGGCGCCGGAAAAUCAUCGCUCCGAGGGAAAUCAACUGUCAACACGUUGGCCCGAAGCAGAGAUUGCCCAAGACUGCACGACCGAAGGGGCUCCCAUCCAUCGGCAAGGACAACUUCAUAACUACGUGAUGGGACGGAAAGAAUAAAAAAGAAAACAACACCAGGCAAGAAGAAGUUCAGCCCGGGAGGACAAGAUGAACGUUUCCGGAAACGGUUGUGGCAGCCCCAGCUCCGCUGAAGCGACUGGUGACUUUAAAGAACUCUGGUCUAAACUAAGGGAGUGUCACGAUAAAGAAAUACAAGGCUUACAGGUGAAAGUUACCAAACUGAAAAAAGAACGAAUUCUAGAUGCACAAAGACUCGAAGAAUUUUUUACCAAAAAUCAACAUUUGAGAGAGCAACAGAAAGCCCUCCACGAUACCAUUAAAGUUUUAGAAGAUCGGUUGAGAGCAGGAUUGUGCGAUCGCUGUGCCGUAACAGAAGAGCACAUGAGGAAGAAGCAGCAGGAGUUUGAAAAUAUCCGGCAGCAAAAUCUUAAACUGAUCACCGAGCUAAUGAAUGAAAAGAACACCUUGCAGGAAGAAAAUAAAAAGCUGUAUGACCAGCUACAUCAAUUGCAAAAGGAGGUUGAUAAGGAACGAUCAUCACCGACGGACGAGCCAGAGGAAGGAGUCAUUCCCGAUUCACCUAAUCUGCCGUUCUCGUUUUCCGGGUUGAAUCGGCUGCGGAGAAAGAAGGAGAACCUACACAUCCGAUAUAGAGGGCAAAUUCCCAAAGGCCUAAAACAGUCCGAGUGCACAAAUGAGUUUGGAAAAAACCUGAAGUCCUCAACUCAGUUACAGCCAAACCACUACGACAGCGAGAUUCUAGUGGAAGACACAUGCGGCCAAGCGCUGUCCCCUGGAGCCAAUAACCAAGGAAAGUCGUGUUUUAAUCUGGCUGCUGUUGUGGCUGAAACCCUUGGACUUGGGCUUCAAGACGAGUCAGAACCUAAUGAUAUCUCAAGUCCUCUCGAACAUCACCAGUGGCAGGAGGAAGAGCUCAGGAAACAGGAAUCCCCAAGAAACAGUGAUGACAGUUUGGGACUUUCAGACUCCUCUCCGCGAACGCCCCCAAGAGCGGCCUGGCCUCCCCGGGCAUCGUCGCCGGUGUUUGGAGCCGCCGCCAACCCAAGGGACAGCGCGGGCUUGAGUACCAGCCCGUCGCCAUCGCUCUUAGAGCCCGCCCACCGGGCCCACCUCCAAACCAACCCCCACCCAAACCCUUCCCAACCGAGGCCUCCGAAAGCCAGAUCCAAAUCAGAAGCCACAGGCCUCGGCCCGGGGUCUCACCUCGGGGCCGAAGCGGACGGCGUCAUCAGCCACUCGCCUUCCGGUAAGCCAGCGAUUCUGAGAAGGAACACGGAUGAACAGGUGGCUCCCGGCGGAACCAGCCCCGAUCACGAGGGGUUCGUGGGGCCGGAGGAUUCCUUCGUGCCGCUGAAACCCCUGGGAGGCAGAGGAGCCAAAAGGAAGAAGCCCGAGGAGGAGUGUGAACAGGCGAUAAGCUGUGAGAGGCCUUCCUUCGAUAAAGAAAACGCUUUCCCUCCCCAAGCGGGUGUCCCUCCCGUCGUCAACGGAGACCACCCACUAGAUAAACCCUUAGACCUUUCGGACCGGUUUUCGACCGCCGGCUCUCAAGAGAAAGGCCAAGGGAUAGAGAUCUGUAACAGCCGGUUUAGGCAAGUGACUCUACACGAGGCCCUGAAAUCCAUCCCGAAGGGCUCCCCCUCGAAUCGCAAGGCCUUCAAUGGGACCCCCGCGGGAAGCCGAGAUUCCCGAGAGGAACCCGGUUUCCAGGACUGGGCUCGCCAGUCCCGCGGGAAGGCGUCCCCGGAGAGAAAACCCCAGCUCCAGAUCAAAGAUGAAAACCCCGCUUUCAAAAUUCCUCCACUUCCACAUCAAGGUCUGAGGCCGGUGUGUCCUGCCAGUGAUGCGAAGGUUGGCGGUGCCCAGGACCGAACAAGCGAGAAAGCCAGGGCCGGGCACGGGGAGUGUGAACUAACGUCGGUUCUCCAGCCCAACCCUUGCAGGGUGGCGAAAAUCAAAGCUCUGCAAGCUGAACAGGAUAAAUCACCUUUAGAAAACAUCCAGUGGAGUGUCGAUCCAGGUGCAGAUCUUUCUCAAUAUAAGAUGGAUGUGACUGUGAUAGAUAGAAAGAGCGGCAGUCAAGCGUGCUUGGGAGAGACCGUGGACAUGGACUGUACGUUGGUCAGUGAAGCCGUGCUUGUAAAAAUGAAGAAGCAGGAGCAGAAGGGAGAAAGCAGCCCAGAGAGGGAAAGAAAGAUGAGCGACAGCUACGCCGAAAUUUUUGAUCGGACGACCCACGAGGAAUACGAAUCCUGUCUGGCAGAUAGCCCUCUUCCUGGAGAUGAGCAAGAUGAACAUUUUCAAGUGGAAGAUGAAGAGGAAUUAGCAGCUACAAAGAAACCCAACAAUCACAGCGACAAACAGGAUAAAGCCAAACAGAAAGUGUUCGUGGAACCGUAUUUUAAAAGCGAUGAAAGGAAGACCACGGUUCAGAAUUUCCCUCACAUUGAGGUGGUUCGGAAGAAAGAAGAGAGGAGGAAGCUGCUUGGACAUACGUGUAAGGAAUGCAAAAUUUAUUAUGCAGAUAUUCCAGAAGAAGAGAGAGAGAAGAAACUCGCUUCCUGUUCCCGGCAUCGGUUCCGCUACAUUCCCCCCAACACACCAGAAAACUUCUGGGAAGUUGGUUUUCCUUCCACUCAGACUUGUGUGGACAGAGGCUACAUUAAGGAAGAUCUCGCUCCGUGUCCACGACCAAAAAGACGCCAGCCUUACAAUGCAAUAUUUUCUCCAAAAGGCAAGGAGCAGAAGACAUAGAUGUUGGGAAAAUCACCAGAGGGUUCAAAACCGCCUUCUUCGCUCCAGUUAUUUAUGGUUAAUAUAAAGUUGGCAUAGUAAUAUAGCGAUUUUUGUUCCUUCCAAAAUCCGCCGUUACCCGACUUGUAAAUUAUUACCCUCUGGCUCAUCUGAUGGGAUAGCACGUGGAUCGGGAAACACUGCUAUUUAAAGAUGUGGGUUCAUUUCUCCUGUGGCUGGUUUUUUAUUUUGAUUUUUGCACCCUUUGAAACAGGGUGCUUCCAUUUUGCACUGGAUAACUUAAAAGGGGUUUAUAGCUUUACCCUUUGUUUUUGUAAUGAUUGUGAUACCGAUAGCUAAUUAUAAUUAAAAAACCAU